UUAUUCCCUCCCGCGUCCCUCUCUCCCUCCCGCGCGCAGAAGCAGAGCCAAACGCCAAGACGCAAAGCGAUCGGGAGCUUCCCGAUCCCCCUGUCCUGUAGCCGCGCGUGGGAAAGGAGGCUGCAACUUUUCCUCGGUGCGGCGGCCGGUCCGCGUAUAUAUAGCAAAUGGAGAGGAGCUGGUUCGGGUGGAGGAAGGCGAAGCAGGGCGGAGGUGGCGGUGCCGGCGGCGGCGGCGGGGAGAGGGAGGAGGAGGAUCAGGCCAAGGUGGUGGUGGACGGGUCGGGGAUACGGGAGCUGGUGGAGGACAGGGAGGCGUUCGGCAUGUUCGCGGAGACCAAGUUCCGGCAGCUCGACGCCGACGGGGACGGCCGGCUGUCCGUGCGGGAGCUGCAGCCCGCCGUGGCCGACAUCGGCGCGUCGCUCGGCCUGCCCGCGCAGGGCUCCUCGCCCAACGCCGACCACAUCUACUCCGAGGCUAUGAGCGAGUUCACUCAUGGUCACGGGAACCAAGAGGGGGUGAGCAGGGCAGAGUUCCAGGGGGUCUUGUCCGACAUUCUCCUCGGAAUGGCGGCCGGGCUCAAGAAGGAUCCGAUCGUGAUACUGCGCAUCGACGGCGAGGACCUCAGGGACUUCGUGUCCAGCCCAAGGUAUGAGCCGGCAGUCGCUGCCAUCUUCUCACAAGUUGGGUCUGAAGAUGCCCCUCUCCGGCAGUGCCUGCUAGCCGCCGUUCAGCAGCUCGGCGUCGACCACGGCAUGCCCCCAGCCGCUGACCCUUGGGUGGUAGAGAACGUGGUAGAGCCGGCAUUGCAGCAGCUCUCCGCCGAUGAGCUCGAGCAACCGGCGUCCCGGGACGUCUUCUUCGAGCAGCUGAAGAAGCUGCUGGGCAGUGUGGCGGAACAGCUUCAGGAGCGGCACGUCAUCGUUGCGCACACCGAGAACACCUUCGACGGGAGCGGUGUCAGGAGGCUGCUGGGAAACAAGUUCGAGCUGGACAAGCUGCUGGAUUCUGUGUGGAGGGACGUGCCGGCAGAGCACAAGAAGAAGGCGCCCAAGGACAAGGAGCACCUGCGAGUCGCACUCGAUAAGAUGGCCGAUGCAGCAAGCUUACCACCUCAUGGCGCUGUUGCUCAGGUGGACGCCGUCGUGGACGAGGCGCUCAAGGUGGCGGACGCCGGCGACGGGAAGGCGGUCCAAGAAGGGGAGUUUAAGAAGCUGCUGACGGAGGUCCUUGGGGCCGUGAUGCUGCGGCUGAGCGGCGAACCGAUCUUCAUCUCCACCAGCACAGUCGUCCACGAGCCGCUGUCCAGCUCGUCCGCCCUGUUGCCGUCGCUGGCGGUGGCAUCGCCGCCGAGCGAGUAGCAAUAUGCACAUGAAAGGUAAAUCGUAGGAGAGUGGGCAUAAGGCCUCUCCGUAAGCGGUGCCUGUGGUUGUGCUUUUUAUGUGAUCACGAGCAUUCCUGCUUUGCUAUGUUUGAUUGGAACCUGACGAAAUGCAGCGUUGCAGUUCGUCAAGUACUCUGGUUAAUGUAUAAGUUUGGAAUAAGGCUACCAAGCCAGAAAGACACAUUGUCAAUGGGAAAUGCUACUGAUGCUAUACCACUA